UUUCACAAGAGUUUGCGUGCAGUGUUGUUUUAAGCUCUGUGAUUUUGUGUUAUUAAUAAUUAUUUUCGUGUUAAUAGUAUACAAAUUAGUAAUUUCAGUGUUUCGUUACCGAUUCCGAACAAGAUUAUCAUAAAUAAGGUAUGAAACAAUGUUUCUUUAUGUCGCGAAAGUUGAUAAAAUCGUGGCGUGGAAAAGUGAGGUUAGGUUAAUAUCACAUUUCAUUGCCGCCUGUCGCCGGGUUUCAAUUCGUCUAAAAUCCCGGACUUUUGUUAUUUAUCGGUAAUUUUAAACAAGUUUUUCUUGAGUUUGAUCUAUUAAUUCAUCAUUGUUUAGAAAAAAUUAUAAUGUAAAUAGACAAUAAUUGCAUUUGCACGUUUACAAAAUUUUGUCAAAAAAACGUGUUUCAUGAAAAAGUGUUCUUGUUAAUUAGCUUAUUUUUGUUUCGGUUCGUGAAUAAGUGUAACAUAAUUUCCAAUUUCGUCUAUUUAUUGCAUUGUAUACGAAAAAUGAUUUUAUUUUGGAAAUUUUUUCUCGCGCAUUUUUUUCAAGGUCAGCGCCCUCAGCGCAAUUUUUCCGUUAAAUUGUAAUCUCAAUUUCGAAUGUGAUCGGUAUUAGGCAAAGUUAUCAGUAAAAAAGUGUUAAUUAUUUUUUUUGUGUUCACGUGGAAAAUUGUGUAUUUAAAAUUCAUUAGUGUCAUCAGUUAUUUAACAUUUAUAUUAUAGUAAAUUAGUUUCUUUAGAAAAUUUAUUAGCGCCCUUUUUUAAAAGCAUCAGCGCCAUCUACCAGGAAGUUGUUGAAGUCAGUUGUGAAUUAAAUUUCUUUAUGUUGGUAGCAAUGCUUGAUUUGAACUGAAAUUUCUUUUUUUCCAUCGGUGAAUGAAAAACGGUUUUUUGAACAAAAUUGUUUUUUUUUAGAGUAAUUAUUUAAACAAAUAGAAUAAAAAAAUUUCUUUAAAGAGAAAAUGUUAAAUAGCUGUUGACUCUGAAAAAGUGAGAUUAUAAUUUAUGUUAUUUACCGUAUUUAUAAUUUAUUUACAUUAAUCUGUAGUGACGGAAUUAGUGUUGUUAAAAAUGUAUAUUUUUAAAUUUAAUUAUUUUCCUAAUUUAUCGUAAAAAAAGUGCCAGUGAAGUGUUGUACAAUGAAGUUGGUGAAAAACAAAAGAGUUAAAACUACGGGGAGAAAGAGAAAAAAAAAGAACCAGGAAAUAACAAAUCUGACGGAGAUAACUUCACGGACUUGAAUUUGAAGGACAGGAAGGAUGUGGACGAAGAAAAGCGGCCCCUGCACACUACCAAUUAAGUAGUGUAACUCUUGACCUCCCGCAGAAGUGCGAUUAUUAUGGAGGGAUCUUCUUGAGUGGUCCAAAGAAGAAAGAAGAAGCGACGUGGGAUUUGGGAUUUUUUAUCAAACGGAAUUAUGACCCUUACGAGCAGCCCGUGUGAGCUAGACAACAUGAGCUUGUUUCAAGACCUCAAGUUGAAAAGGAGAAAGGUCGACUCCCGAUGUAGUAGCGACGACUCCCCAGUAUCCCUCGGAUCAGCAGGCUCACCGCUCGGGAUCCAGCCAGCGGACGCACCGUCACCCAUAAACUUUCCUGCUCCAGGAGAAAGUGUGGCGGAUACCUCGACUUCAUCACCAGACGCUAACAUGCCAGGCUCGCCGGGCUGCCCGGUGGUCAAAGUAAAAUCCGAGUACCUGCGUAGUAGUCCAAGUCCCGGGACACCAGUUCGGGACACGAUAAGAAGUUCCGUGAUAAGCCAAGAUCCAAUAAGGGAUCUUGGUUCAGAUCGUGCAUCGCCCGAUUCUGUUUUUCCUGAUGUGAUCAGUUCACGUGUUGUUGCUGAUGAUCAUCAACGAUCAUGUACACCAGCACCGGCGAGAUCAUCACCACAAUCGCCAAUUCAGGCCGUUUCAACAACACCAAUGUCUCAAGAGGCAAGUAGCAGGAGCGAAAGUCCCGAUCGAGGGAAUCACCUCACGUCCGUUCAAUCGAAAGAAGAAUCGGAUAAUUCUGUAUUCGAUGGAGGUGGUCCUGGCGGUGGUCCAGGUGGUGGGAAUAAUCGAAACGAUAACAACACCACAAAUCAAUCGUCACAAAGAAGCAGUCCCUCAUCGCAAUUCAAUCCAAAUAUGAGUCCCAGAACCAAUUCUUCCCAUGGGAAUCACAUGCAGUCACCACCUCAGAGGCAUCGGGCCCCAACGGUACCAUCGCAUAUAUUAGGUCAUCAUCAAUUCUGGCCUCCAGGCACUGUUGGACAGAAUUUCGCCACCCAGAGAUUACUCAAUGGUGUUAUCAGCAGUGCCGUUAAUUAUGCGCAAAACCUUGCCGGAUCCUCAAGCAAUAAUGGCUCUGGGGUUAAUGUCACUACUGGAAAUGGCUCCGGUUCAAGUGGCACCGCCAGUGGAAAUGGCACUGGUUCCGCCGGAUCCAACACUGGAGGUGCAUGCGAAAGCAUGAAACCACCGGCUCAGCGAUCGGCUCCAGCAACUCCAAGACCACCACCCAGUGUAAUAAUGGGCGAAGUUGGUGGCGUAAGAACAAUGAUUUGGUCAGCGCCAGCAUUGGAUCCUGUUCCACCACCAGCAGCGUCAUGGACGACGACAGCAUCAUCGGCUUCCUGUUCAUCCACGGAGGAAUCAGCGGCACAGUUGCUCUUGAAUCUCGGUCAGGAAUCCCGAGGGAAACCACCCGGCAUCUCAUACUCAUCGGGUCCUCCAUUAAAUAUGGAAAGGCUGUGGGCCGGUGAUCUAACACAAUUGCCGGCUGCUCAACAAAUUCAGGCAUUGAAUUUAACGGCAUCCGGCUCAAAUCAACCGUGGGUGAGAAAUGGAGGGGUUGUCAAGUCUGAGGUGGCGUCACAAUCGUUAUCUGUGGCACCACCUGCCCCACCAUUACCACCACAAGAACACGAGGAGGACGAGACGCCUAUGAUUUGCAUGAUUUGUGAGGACAAGGCCACUGGACUUCAUUAUGGCAUCAUCACCUGCGAAGGUUGUAAGGGAUUUUUCAAGAGGACAGUACAGAAUAGGCGAGUUUACACUUGUGUGGCUGAAGGAGGCUGUGAGAUUACAAAAGCGCAGAGAAAUCGAUGUCAAUAUUGUCGUUUCAAAAAAUGCAUCGAACAGGGUAUGGUCCUUCAAGCAGUUCGCGAAGAUCGAAUGCCCGGUGGCAGAAAUUCUGGCGCCGUCUACAAUCUUUAUAAGGUAAAGUACAAGAAACAUAAGAAAACCACCAAAUCGUCGGGAGUUGGGGGUGGAAUGGGAGGAGGUGGAAACGUUAGUGGUGUAAAUGGCUCGGGGACGUUGACUGGUAGCAAAGGAACCAUGGGAACAACAAUGUUGGAAAAACACAUGGCUGCUGCAGCGGCUGCACAUCACAGUCAACAACAGCAGCAGCAGCAGCAGCAACAUACCCAGCUGGCAGGAAGUUUUCUCCAUCAUCACAGAAUUUCAUCCGGUGAUUCUCACAACUCUCAACCUACCUCCAGCCAUCCAAGCCACAAUGUGCACUCGGGCCAUCUUGUUAAUGGAACCAUUCUCAAAACGGCUCUCACCAAUCCCUCCGAAGUUGUGCAUUUACGGCAGAGGCUAGAUAAUGCAGUUAGUAGUUCAAGGGAUCGGGCAUUUCCUUUGGACGCAACUCUCGCCAUGAUACAAACUCUUAUAGACUGCGACGAGUUCCAAGAUAUCGCCACGAUAAGGAACUUGGAUGAGCUGCUGGACCAUAAAUCAGACUUAAGUGAGAAGCUGUGUCACAUAGGAGACAGCAUAGUGUACAAGUUGGUGCAAUGGACCAAAAGGUUACCCUUCUACCUUGAGCUACCGGUAGAUGUCCACACGAGGUUACUCACUCACAAGUGGCAUGAACUUUUGGUGCUCACCACGUCGGCUUAUCAAGCCAUGCAUGGUCAGCAUCGUGUUUCCAACGCUGGUAACGAUGGAACGGGAACUGAUUUUAUGCAAGAGGUGUCAAACAAUAUGUACACGUUACAAACGUGUCUCUCGAGCAUGAUGGGCCGAGAAAUAACCAUGGAACAAUUACGGCAAGAUGUGGGACUCAUGGUGGAAAAAAUCACAUACGUCACGCACAUGUUUAGGAGGGUGAAGCUGCGAAUGGAGGAAUAUGUUUGUUUAAAAGUCAUCGCAAUGCUCUCGCAAGCACGAGGUGCUACGGUGGAAUUGGAGCAAAUUCAAGAGCGGUACGUGAACUGUUUGAAAAGUUUUCUUGAACACAGCGCACCGAAUCAACCUGGCCGCUUCCAAGAUCUUAUUAUCAGAUUGCCAGAAGUUCAAUCGGCCGCAACUUUACUCCUCGAAAGCAAAAUGUUCUACGUUCCUUUUCUACUGAAUUCAGCAACUCAAAGAUAGUAAAUAAAAAAAGUGAAAAACGAAGCUGACUACCUACAAUUGUAUACAUAUAUAAAUAGACAAGACGAAAGAAUAAAAAAUAAUAGUGAACAAACAAACGAACUCACGUGCGUGAGGCAAGGGAAAGGCUUUGUUUGUGUAUGUAUAAUAACUAUAAUAUAUAUAAAUAUAUAAAUAAUAUAAAUGUGUGUGUUCGUUGCGUUGUACAAAAGAAAAAAAAACCAAGUUUUUUUUUUUGAAAGAAGAGAGAAGACUUACACAAUUAGAAAAUGAAAAAGAAGCUGCCGAACGAUAAUAAAAAAAAAACGAGACGACGAGAGUGAAAGAGAAGAUAGAGAGAAAGAGGAUAAUACUAGAAAGAAAGAGUUAUAUUAAAAUAAUGAAAAAAAAAGAAAAAAAAAACUCUAAAAAAGAAAUCAAUUGAGGACUGAACUUUUUUAUCGAAACUAAAAGACUAUAUUAAUAAUAUAUAUAUUUCUGUACGCAGUCGCGCAACUACGUCAUUGUGUGUUCACAUUGCAUAAUCUGAUUCGACGAUAAGACUCUUGUACGCACGCUCAUCAUAAGUCACACACACAUACACCACAAUUUUAUCCACCAUAUUAAUUACCGCCUGCGAGAAAUCAACAUAGAAGAAGAAAGAAAAACCAUCACAAUUUUUUUUAGUCUAUCAGCUCUUCAAUGUCAACGUCCGACGCGCAAUUAUGGAAAAAAAAGGAAAGGAAACGACAGCUUACCAUUGUGCAUUUCUAUAAAUUGGCCCCCCUCCACCUCACCCGACGUUUUUUGAAUCCUUCUCGACGCUCAUCGACGUCUCAACGUGAUUCUCAUUAUAAAAAUCCUGUUACUACUACUUCUACUACACUUUUAUCACUACUAUUUAAAAAAAAAAAAAACUAGUACGAUUACUAAUAUCCACCAGUUACCACUAUUGCAAUUGUCACAACGACAGUCGUUAAAACUCGUUACCGUAAAAAAAAAACAAUGAAAAUAAUAGAACGGUGAGAGCAUCAGAGAGAAGCAUCAAGGUUUACUUUAUAAAAAUAUUGUAAGCAGUCGAUACCCCCCUCGACUUCAAUUUAGCUUAUUUUUUUGUAGCUAAAAAACGACUUUUUUUUAAAGAGCGGAUAAAGAUGUAUUGUAUUGAAAUACCUUUUCGUUUAAGAGAUAAGUUGUAUAGACAUUGGGACAAAUUUUAUUUAAUUUAAAAUAAUAAUUAAUUAAAAAUGAAAGAUAUGAUAUGAAAAGAUAUUAAAGGGGGAAAAAUCAAUGAAAACAUAAAUUUGGCAAAUUAAUUUUUUAAAUUGUAAACUGCGAAUUGAAUAACUUAUAAAGCAAAGUUUUUAACAUAAAAUUUUAUGUUAAGAUUUUUAAAUUACUUUUUACGCUUUUCUCUUAAAUGAAAAGGUAAAAAUAUCUCAAUUUUUUUUGUAUCGAGCCUGUCUUUAAUUUUUCUGUUUGCAAUAUUUCAUCUUUUUGUAUACAUCUCAAGCAUUUUCAAUAGCUUUAAAAAAUAUUUUCUCUCUCUUUAUUUACACCGUUUGAUUUUUUAUUAUAUUUUCUGUGGAAUUUAGAAGAAACAAAUUUUUUCAACAAUACAAUUUUUUAUCAACAAUUAUUAAAUAACUUCUGAGAAAUUCUAAUAUAAUUUAAAUUAAAAAUUUUCUACAUUACUACGUUAUACUUUUAAAAUUAAAAAAGAGCAUUUUAAAUUCAAAUCCAGUUUUUCGGUACAUGAAAAAAAAUUUUCAAUCUUUCUCGCAAUAUAUACAUUCACAUAAUAAUAAAAAUAUUAAUAAUAAUAUUCCACAAAUUGAAGCUAAUGCAGAAAUGUAUUCAAAAAAAAGAGAAAACUGAAACAUUAAAAUACUCGAGAUUCUCUUUCCUUUGUAUAACACAUUCCGACAGAUCAUAAAACAAUCUAAUUGAGAAAAAAGUAGAAUUUUAAAAAUCGUAUUGAUUUACUUACAAUACUAAAAAGUGCAAAAAAAACAUAAUCAAGAAAAUUAUUCAACAUUAUCAAUAAUUAUUAAUUUGAAAAACAAAUUUUAAGCUUUUUUUAAAUACGAUAAAUUAAUAAAAUGAGAAGGAGAGGGGAUUCUCGAAAAAAAUGCGAUCGGCUCAAUUAUUUAAGGUUCGAAGUGUUUAUAAGUGUAAAAUAAUUACCAGUGGCUGACGCUAGUUAAGAAAUUGUUCAAUAUAUAUAUAUAUAAAUAUAAAUAUUUUUUUCUUUUAAUUUUUUUUUCUCAAAGUUGCUCCACGUAGAUGUAUGUAUGUGUAAUACAAAAAAAAACACCGACACGAAAUGGCAUGAUAAAAUUCGUGAACGAAAUCUUUUUUUAUUUCGUACACGAUUAAAAAUUUUUUUUUUUCAUUUCGUCUUGCCACCGUAGAAUUUUAUCGUAGUUAUACGAGUACGGUCAAAUAAUAAUACAUAAUAUAAUAAUUAAAAAGUGUGCUUGCCAACUUCCUCAGUCGAGGAUCUCAAAAUUGAAAAUCUAGUACCUUGAAAAAGUGCAAUUUUAUUUAUAUAUAAUGCAUAAUAACUAAAUAUAUAAAUAAUAUUAUUAAUAAUAAGGAAAAAAAGAAGCUUUACUCCUUCGCACUUGAUAAUUGGCGUAAAAAAAACGAUUCAGCAUAAUAUUCAUGUAGCUUUAAGUACUUGUUUUUAUUUUUUAAUUUAUUUUUUAUUUAAUUUUUACUAAAAAUUCUUCUUUGUUAUUUAAUCUUUUAAAGUAACCGAAUUAACAUUUCUAUAAUUACAUUUCAUUGAAAUAAAAAUUGAUUAACAAAAAUUAUGCAAAAAAAGGUUAACAAAAAUAAAUUUAAAAAAAAAUGAUAGGCAUAAAAUUCAAAAUCAGAAAUACAAAAAGAAUGAAAAAAUUUAAAUUUGUUAUUAUUUUAAUCAUAAAAAAUUAGCAGCGAAAAAAAAUUGUAAAAGUCCAAGAAAAUGAGUCAAAUAUUCUAUAAUAAAAAAAUCUAGAGUAUUUAAAUGCCUAAUAAUUAAAAAAAAAUUCAAAGAGACAAUGGAAAAUUUGUGAAAAAAAAAGAAAAAUCGAUAAGUGAGUCUCUCGAAAGAGGAAAAAGGUUGAGCACAAAAAAAAACACGGAAAUCAAUAUUUGGAACUAUGAAAAACCUUAGGCCUAAAUUGCGCCAAAAGGUAAUAACACUUGUCCAUACUUAUAAGACUUAACUACUGAUGGAUACUUCAUACGGUAAACUUGUAUAUUAUUUGUUUGAUAAGAGAAUGACGGCAGGGUUUUUUUCACUAGCAUUCCCAGACACCUUGAUUUGCUCUUGUGUUCAAUUAGAUAUUAUAUAGAAAAAAGGUGACUUAAAUAUUAUUCAUCAAUCUCGAAUUUAUUAUCCGAUUUUUUUUUCAUCUAAGUUUAAUAUUAUAAAUACAUCGCGUUCACGUCGUCAAUUCUAUUAUUAUUAUUAUACAAAUAUAUAUGUGACGCGCGAUUUUUUUACCAAAAGACUUUUUUAACGAUUUUUUUCGUUUGCAAAUACAUACUGCCACAAUUUAUAUAAAUAUUAUUACAUAGUAAAUCUUUGUUAAUAACAUUUAAACUGCCUUUAGUAUAUAUUCAUUGUGUUCAAUCUGACAUUUUUGCUCACAAUAUUUUUGUCUUCUGUUGGAAUUUGCAAAAAAGUUUCCAUUAAAAAAAAAAAAAAACAAAAAAUAAUUUUGCCAAAAUUUCUUAAUCAUUUAUUUUUUAUGAUUGAAAUAACAUUAUUGGUAAGCUUUUUCCGUCGGGAAUAAAAACGUGAAUAUCAAUGUGAUGUAUAAAAAAAAUGAUCUUGGUUAAUCGAUAUAUCGUUUUAACCAAGUCAAAAACACUGUCUUGCAUAAAUGUGCAUGUGUAUAAAUAUAUAUAUAAAUAUAUAAAUAUUAUAUAUUACUAAUAAGAAAAAAAAAUAUUAAUAAUAUCCUAAAUGACAGGUGUCUGGUAAUGCGUGGUAAUGCCUCGCGGGGAAGGGCUUAAAGCGUUGGAUCAGCAAGACUUAGGGCAUUAUACUACUACCAAGAGUAUUAUCGUGCCCAACCUUUAAUAUUUAAGUGCGAGUGAGAGUAUAAUGAAUAACAAAAAAAAAAUAAAAAAAUAAAGAAAAAAAAAAGAAAGAAAGUUGUCACUGACUCUCGUUUCUGGAUUAAAACUUUGUACAUAAUAAUUGUUGUCACAAUUUUUUUUUUAUAAAUAUUCAAAGUAUACUAGUCUCAUUUUUCACGCAAUAUUAUUUUUAUAUUUAGAAGAAAAAAGGUUUUUUAAAAAAAGCACAUGUAAAAUUUUAAAAAACGCUUUAUGUGUAAAAAGCUUUUGAACAAAAUUCAUUAUUUUUUGUAUUUUUAUAUAAACAAUUGGAACUCUCGAAUCGGACUUUAGUUUUUUUCAAUUUAAACCUUUUUGAAAAAAUGUAUAUAUAUUUAUACCUGACAUAAUUGAAAUUUAAUAAAAAGAAAAUUAUUAAUUAAUUACAUCGAAAAUUAAAUUAACCAAAAAUUAAGUUAACUGGGAAAUAAAAAUAAUUAAAAAUUUAAAAUAAAUGUCAAGUAAAUUAAUUGAAAAUAAAAUAAACUGAAAACUAAAUUUAACUAUAUAGAAAUUAAAAUAUCGAAAAAUUUAAUUACUUUAAAAAUUAAUUAUUAGAUAUUUAACAAUAAUAACAAUAAUUUACUCUAAAUUAUUAGCAAAAGAACUUUUCAUUCAGAAAAUAUUAAAGUCCGAUCCAAAAAGUCUUAUUGUACUUUACACAAGACCUGAAACAUAAAAAUUAGCGAUUGUAUAUAACGACUCGAUGUAAAUAAAUUUAAAAUAAGUUCGAAUAAAUGGAAAAUUCGACGAAUUUUUCGUUAGCAAUCGCAAAUUAUAAUUAGGAUGAGUUUUUUAAUAAAUUAUCUAAUUUAUAUCGAAUUUUUGAAAUAAGGCGAGAACAUAAAAGAAAGAAGAAAAUAAUAGAAAAGUCAGAAUCCAGAAACGAUGGACAGAAAAAAAUGAGAGCCGCUGAAAUCGGCUGUAAUUUUUCAUGGAGUGAGUCAAAGUUACCAAUUUUUAUCUACGUUUAGAAAAUAUACUUUUUAUUGUCUCGUUUUACCGUCGACUAUUCCUUUUGUAAUUGAGAUUGGGCACCACACGUGGGACGUUACUGUUGCUUAAAAAAAAAAAAAAGAAAAAAAAAUCGAAAGCCAAGUGGGCCAAGAGCGCACAACGAAUCAUGCGAAUAUCGAUUAUAUUUAAAAAAAAUCGUUCCAAUUCGUUUUUUAAUAAUUAAUAAUUCAAAGUCGUUUGAAAAAAUAUUUAACAACUUUUUCCCACGAUAGAUAUUUUUUCAUUCAUACUUUAAACAAAAAUAAAUAAAAUUUGUAGAGAUGUUUUUUAAAAUAUUUUAUGAAGAAUAUUUUCAGAUAAAAAAAAGAGUUAUAUAUAUUAUAUAUAUAUAUAUAUUAGAAAAAAAGAAGAAACACUCUGAUAUUUUCAGAAGAAUUUGUAUAUUAUCAAAAAUAAUUGGCAAAAAUUAAAAUACGAGUUUAAAACUCGUAUUCUCGUUGUUAUUACAACGAUAAUAUGAUAAUGAAAAUAAUAAUAAUAAUGAUAAUAAUAAUAAUUAAAAAGUAUUUUCGAGCUUUUUUCUCUUUCUCAAGACACAUAUUUUUAAAGAAAAUUAAGAAAAAAAUUUUUUUUUUUAUUUUAUAGGGAAAAUAUUUUCUCUUGUUUCAGCAUUUUUCUUCAUAAUGCAUUUUUUUAUUUGCAUUUUUUUUGUCCCCCGCACGAGAGUAAAAAUGGUAGUACACAGUAUUAUAUAUAAGUAAAAAGAAUAACGAGAAAAACUUUCCGAAAAAUAUUAUUGUCUUGAGAAAAAGAAAAUUUCACGUUAAAAAUAAAAAAAUUUCUUUGUCAAGAUUGCGUGCGCUCCAUGAAAACAAAAAUGUGUACAUAGUUUAAAAAAAUAAUAAUUUUCAGGAGAGGCGCAAAAGACAACUUAUUCAUUGAAAUGUGCUUUGUAUUGUUAAAAAAAAAAAAUAUUUCGAUAAAUAAGGGACUGAAAUGGAAGUAUUGACGAUUUUUUUCUAAUCGUCAAAAAAUAUAAAUUACAGGGUGGAAAAAAUGCGUGCAAUCAUGACGCACACGGCCAUGGCCUACGAUUUUUCCGUAGAAAAAAAAAAAAGAAAAAAGAAAGCCAGUAACAUCCCACGAUAGAGUGCGCGAGUCCCCUGUAUUUUUAUGAAUAAAUAAGAUAUUUUAAAAGAAAAGUAAAUCUGAAGUCUGUUUGGAGAUGCCUUUCAUAGGGAUUAUAAAUGUAGAUAAUAUAUUAUACAUAAUGAACAUAAAUACACUAUAUAUUAUUAUAUAUAUAUUAUAUAUAUAUAAAUACAAAUAGUAAGAAUUAAAUAGAAUUAUUAUAUAUAUGACAAAGAAUAAUAUUAUUACGAGUAAAUAAAGUGAAUAACGAUUAAUAAA